AUGCAUCUUAACCAUUCUAUUGAAAUGAAUCGUUUUAGUCUCAUCCUUACAAAACAAGAAUCAACAUCAUACAGUUUAGAUGAUAUUUAUUCUUCAACUGCAACAUUCCCUUCCCUUGAUUACAACAUUCACACUACUACUGGAGAUGUUACUUUUGAUAUGUCUAUUAAGUAUCAUUGUCCAUUUCUCUACUGGAGAUUUAUUGAAAUCGUUGGUUCUUGUAAUGGACUAAUUUGCCUCAUCUCUGAUACCGAAUUUUUAGGCAUCUGGAACCUAAUUGCUCAAGAGUAUAAUAAAUUACCACAAAUACCAAAAGUUUCCCCACAAACUCAAAACUUAUUACCGCCAAUUGCUCAUGUUGCAACAUAUGGGUUUGGUUACGAUUGCAAGACAGGGGUUUAUAAAAUAGUCCAAAUUGUUACUGCUGGGUGCGAUAUGUUUUCUCAAGUUAGAGUGUGUACUCUAGGAACAGAUUCAUGGAGACUACUUAACUAUAUUCCUUAUAUGUUUUAUUUAUAUGGAAAAGCAAAUGGAGUGCUUUUAGAUGGAAUUCUUCAUUGGCUGGUACAUCCCUGCAACGGUGUUAACAAACCCAUAAGAGUUAUACUUUCUUUCAAUGUUGGGGAGGAGACAUUUGUGGAAAUGCAACUGCCUAAACCUCUUUGCAGUGCACCUGAAGGCGAGCAUUAUUUCAAGACAAAUAUUGGCUUGUUGGAUGGUAAACUUUGCUUAUCUUGGAAUCUUGGUGAUGGGAAUGUGGAUGUAUGA